AUGGCGCUCCUCCCUUUCACAUGCAAACCGCCUCACAUGCAUCAUCACCCUCAUCAUAGCCUCCUCGCCAUACAUCUUACAGAUAAACCGUAUUCGCCUCCUGUUUCUGUCAACCCCCAGUAUCUCACUGCCACAGCUCAUCACGGCAGCGCGGCAUGGAAGACGCUGGUCGACAACACCACCGCCGCCUCGCUCUCACCGUGUCUGACUGAUACUUCAGACACCAAGACCUUCUACAGCGCCAUCCAAGUCAUCGACAUUUCCUCAGACAGCGAGGACCCCGUCAGCAUGGCAGCCCCUAAUCCAAAGCAGUCGACUGGGUCCUCGGACAGUACAAACAAUCAGCCCGAAAAUAAAGCAACCCAAAAAUCAAAAACGUCUCCCUCACGGGCAUCAUCGACUUCUCAACGCGCGCCUCGGUCGCCAUCCUCGAGUACUGCUGGAACCUCGAGAAGAGAGCGCCGUGGGACCGCAUCUGUCAAAACAAACCAUCCCGCCAGCCCAUCACGCAAUAACAGCAUCCAGAUGUCAUCGCAAAAACGGGACGAGCUGUUGGCCUUGCAUCGAGAUAGCUGUCGACUAUUCCAAGAUAUCGGGAUGGCUGCCGACCCGAUAGUAACAUCUCACGAUGAAACCUACCCCCAGUCUACAGCUACUUCCCCGGCCAUGUCACCUAUCAUGCAAUCCCAACGCUCGCAUUCGUUCCCUGUUGGCUUCCUCCAUGACGGCGACAUCUCCGAGGAAGAUCUACUAUCCGUCCGCCGGCUUCGACGAAUGAGCAAUGUUCACUCAGAGCCAGAUCAGACCCCAUACGACCCUGUCCCCGCGACUGUGAUCGACUGGACAUCACCCAGCACCCGUCGACGCGAAUACGAAGCCAUUGAUCGGUCAAACAAGGGCAUUCGUCGGAUCUGGCGUCGAAUCACGCCUCGCUGCUUCCACUCGUCAGACUCGCGAACACCGUUCUUCGAGACCCGUGAAGACGGGAAACCCAACUAUGAAGGCAGCGUGCGACGUUUCCGUAUGGAUAUACCGGACGAAAAGGAGGAGUUGGAUCAGAGAACUGACGGGCUUACAUCUGGUCCAAAGCUCGAGAAGCGGAAAUGGUCUUGCUUUUAG